AAGCGUGUCACCCGUGUCACCAUAAAGUGUAAAUUCAUUCCCGUCCUUAACAGUGGGAUUGUUCCUUUAUUGCUGAGUCGUAGGAAGCUGUCAAGAGGAAAAAUGCCGUUGGAAAAUUUGGAAGAAGAGGGUCUGGAAAAGAAUCCAAAUUUGGAAUUGGCCCAGACAAAAUUCCUGCUUGGUUUACCGGAGCACAAAGAUGAGAUAAGCUUGAAAACAAAGCUCCUCGAUGCCAUCAAAGCGGAAAAUAUGGCGCCGUUCUACAAAGAAGUUUGCCAGGACCUUAAUUGGACUGUAGACGAGGCCUUUCUAGCAAAGAUGGUAGCGACGAAUCAGGAGCAGCUGAAGGUGCUCGAUGCGGCGAUCGAAGACGCGGAGCAAAACCUAGGCGAGAUGGAAGUUAGAGAGGCGAACUUAAAGAAGUCUGAACACCUGUGCAGAAUCGGAGACAAGGAUGGAGCGAUAUCUGCAUUUAGAAAAACUUACGAUAAGACGGUAUCUCUGGGUCACAGACUCGACAUUGUCUUCCACAAUAUUAGGAUCGGCCUUUUUUACAUGGACCACGAUCUCGUCACACGAAACAUAGAGAAGGCUAAGAGCUUGAUCGAGGAAGGUGGAGACUGGGACAGAAGGAACAGGCUCAAAGUCUACCAAGGAACCUACUGCAUCGCAGUCCGUGACUUCAAGGAAGCUGCGACAUUCUUCCUGGACACAAUUAGCACGUUCACCAGCUAUGAGCUGAUGGACUACAACACAUUUGUGAGAUACACGGUCUACUUGAGCAUGAUAAGUUUGCCCCGUAACCAGCUUCGAGACAAAAUUAUUAAAGGUUCUGAAAUUCUUGAAGUUCUCCACACCAAUCCCGACACCAAGGACUAUCUGUUUUCUUUGUACAAUUGCCACUACGCUGAUUUCUUCAAAAAUUUAGCCCAAGUUGAGGGAUUGUUGCGCAGAGAUUACCUCGUUUUUCCCCAUUACCGUUACUAUGUUAGGGAAAUGCGUAUCUUAGCUUACACUCAGCUCCUCGAGUCCUACAGAUCGCUUACGCUUCAGUACAUGGCUGAAGCCUUUGGCGUCACAGUGGAUUAUGUCGACCAGGAACUUUCGCGCUUCAUAGCCGCCGGACGACUGCAUUGUAAAGUCGACCGUGUUGGCGGUGUCGUGGAGACAAAUCGACCGGACAGCAAAAAUUGGCAGUACCAAGCUAUGGUUAAGCAAGGAGAUUUGCUUUUAAACAGAGUCCAGAAAUUGUCUCGAGUGAUAAAUAUUUAAUUGUAACGAAUAAUAACAGCGGGGGGCUCAGGGAUCAUCGGUCAAGUUCGUAAACCGAACGCUUUCUUUUGCGUACAAAGUUAUGCAGAAAAUGAGAAUCUAAAACAACGUUUUGUUAUCCUGAAACGGAGAAUUUAACAUCAAGCUCGCGAAUCACGGGUCCGUUUGAAAGGUGCAAUUUGCCGUUAUGCUAACAAUGCCGUUGAAAAGUAAUCAUAGAUUUUUACGGUAAUUAGGAUGUUUUCAGUGUAGAAUUUUAUCGGUUUUUUUUUCUUCACUCGAGAUAUUCGUCGACUUCGGAAGGGAAAAAUGAAAAAAAACUCACCUGUUUCUAGAGAAAUUUCCAUAUACUUAUAAUUUUAAUAUUAUUCGCACGAACUUCGUCAAUACGAAUCAUUAUUGUGUUUGAAAACCAAAAUUUACAAAAGAUAAAAAUAAAUAUGAGUAACAUAAAAGUGCGGAAACGAUACUCUUGAAUAAACUAAAUAAAACUUACGUAGUCGGUAAGACAAAACUUUGCGAAAAUAUUUUUCUACAUUUUUUGAGUUCCACAUUAACGGUUUUGCGAAUAUUCCUCGGGUAAUAUAAAGAUGAAUUCAUUAAGCAUCAUGAACAUAGAAUUUUUAUUUUUAUUUUGCCUUCAAAGAUUUGCUGAUUUAUUGCUUAAUAUCUUUGUGACUUAGAUCGAUUAGUGUUAUUGGUUCUUUUUUUAAAUAAUGUAAUCCGCGUUCCACUUCCUGUAAUAAUUUCUCACACAUAAAAACAGGAAAUCUUCAAAGGUUAGCGAAUCUUUUCGUGUAUUAAAAAUUUCUGAAAAUGAAGAAGAAUAAUCGCGACUCAUCCAUUCAGACGUAACCAACGAAUUAAUGAUUACACCAAGGUUUAUUAGUCAAUGGUGAAAAUUCCGUUGCUUAGCGUCAAUUAUAUUAUAAGUAACCGUGGGGAGUCUGCUCGUUACAGUCAACGGUAUAAUAAUUUAUCAUCUCUAAAAAGUAAUAUAUAGACGCCUGGGAGAGUAUAACGGUAAGUAUAAUAAUUGUCAUAAGUCCAACUAAAACUGAAUGCCGCGGUUCAGUUUUCUUAAAAUAUUAUCCGAUUUCGCAAGGAAUCGGACACUUGGCAUUCGUUUCUGUCACACUCUAAACGCGCUAUUGAGUAACAACAGUGUCUUUAACAAAAAUCUUUCCCCAACCAACGAGGACACGAUUACGGUAAAAGAACAUCAAGAGGCAAAAGAGAGAAAAACUAAUUGUAAGCCAACCCUAGAACGUCUGUUGAUAGUUAAGAAAAAUGAUUAAUUAUAAAAUACGGUAGACAACAACAUAUUUAUAUGUAGGGGAGAAGCGGACAAAAUGGAUCGCAUUAAGGGAGGAAUGACGUUAAACCAAUUUCGACAACACUAUUUUAUUGUCUUUGGCCUAAAAAUAUAUUCCAACCGUUAUCGGCAUUUUUUGAAAUCCCAUUCGAUUGUAAAGGGGGCUCAUUUUGCCGGCCUCUUCCUCGUACGGAGUAACGUGUAAAAGAUUGUAUGACCUUGUCUACGUCACGGAUGUCAGACGAAUACGAGGCCCAGCCAGUGACGCACAUCCCUUGGAUAGUCUCAUUACAGUCAAGGUAACGUGAUUCUUAACAAUUGUAAAGGUCGUUUAUAAUAUGUUAUGGUAUAUUUCGUUA